AUGUUAUCCAAAGCAGCCAAACCACAUUGGGCAGCACGAUGGGAACCUUCUUCUACUUUUGCCAAUGCUCAUUUUCCUAACGAUGCAUUCUUUAACGACAAUGGAGAAGCAAUUGGAAGAGGGUGGUAUGAAUCGAGUUUACAACUUGGACGUGUUGUAAUUGGUAGAGGAUUGAUUAUUGGGUAUGGUGGUAAAGAGAUCGUUCUUGAAGAUUAUGAAAUACUUUGUGGUAAUUUUGAAUACUUCCAGUGGAUUAGGCGUCAUGGACCCUAUAAGCCAGCGUUAUGGGUUGUGCCUCUUGAAGCAGGUCACGAAUCGGAUCAACGUGAAUUAUAUGUAGCAAGAACGCUGCAUAAUGGUCAUUAUAUUUAUGGAAAAGCCGGUUGGCAGGGAAUGAGUUAUGCUGUUGACGGCCGAGAAUUUUGUGCAAAAGAUUACGAAAUAUUGACCAUUGGCAGAUGA